AUGGAAGUGGAAGGGCCGAGUGACUUGAGCGAGGGCACUUUGGCUAGCCUCACUGCCGGUGACGUUCUCAUCCGCUCCACCAGCUUCCACAUGAAAAAAAACCCCUCUGACAGCCAAGCAGCAGGAUCUGCUCACAGGAAACCUACUGCUUGCAUGAAGAAGAAGAAGAAGAUCCAAAUUUCAGUGAAGAAGCUUCGAGAAGUGGCUCCACCCUGUCGCCCAGAAUGUUCUGCGUUGAUUAAUGAUGAUGAAGUUUAUAUUCCUCCAGCACUGUUGGCAAACAAACCUGCAUCUCAUAAGCCAUCAGCAGCAACUUCUAGAGGUGUUCUAAGCAAGUGUACUGGCAGACAUUCUGAGCAGCUGACAUCACUCGAAAAAGAUGGGCAGCCCUCACAGCUAUCUCCAGAGACUUCUGCAGUACAUAUUCCUUCUCAAGGGGAUGCAAGUAAACAAAAAGCAGCUGACAUUUUUAUCUCCCAGUAUGAUACUGGACAGAAGGAGGCUGUAAGAGCUGUAUUCAAACAGCGAAUUCAGAGUGCUCCGGUAUUCAAAGAGGUGAAGGUGCAGCUUCUAGAUAAUGUACGGCCAGACCAGAAGGACAGCACCAAGUCAACGCAUAGCGAGGUGGAUUCAGCUGCCACUAUUGCAGCUGUGACCGCUGCCGCCAUCGCUUCCACUGCCCCGCUUCUCAAAGUGCAGAGUGACUUGGAAGCCAAAGUGAGCUCUGUGUCCGAAAUACUUAACAAGUUGCAGGAGACAGACAAACAGUUGCAGCGUGUUGCAGAGCAGCAAGCCAGCGCGAAGGCUCAACAGCUCGAGAGGCCUCCUUGCCACCAAAGAGUCAGCGAGCUUGAAAGACAGAUGAAUCUGUUCAUGGGACAGCGGAUUCAGCAUCUGGAAAGUUUGCAGCAGCAGCAAAUGAAUAUUCAGUCCCAUUUAAUUACCUCUGCACUGAAUUCGGGUGGCUUCCAACCUGUCAACGCAGCACCUUCCAAAGAAAUGGCAAAGCAAGACGCGAAGGCAGGGAAGCCGCUUCCCAGCCAAGCCUCACCUCAUCAACAAGAUUUAUUUUCUUCCAAUGCAGCACAUGCCCAAGCCUGUUCACGGCACUUUGGAAGCCACGGAGUCCAUAGACAAAAGUCCCCCCUCAAGACACCAGCACCUCGGAGAUACGCACCUGUGCCAGUGUCUAAAGAUGCUAAAAUCUCACAGAAAAUGUCAAAGAGGGAGCAACCUAUUGGGGAAAAAGAAAAUGUGCACCAGCCAUCUUGUGGAGGAACUCUGGGUGGAGGGAAACUUCUAGAGCAGAUCUUGAAUUCUCAAGAAACCCCAUUAAGUCAGAGCACAUCUUGGAAGGAGACAACAAACAACAGUGUGAAGCCGUGGGGUUUUGAAAGAGAGCGAUCCGGUGUUCUGCAGACAGAGCCCUUCCCUGCCUUUAAAAGCACAAGUCAAUAUCUCAAUCCAUUUGAGAGAACGGUUAAGAAAGCCGACGAUGUGCUCCAUGAGCUCGGACAACUGAAGAGGGAAAUGCGUGACAUCCUGCAGGAUGCAAAGGAGUGGAAAUCAGACAUGAAUACUUUUACAAAGACUACCUCACACUUAAGGGAAGCUGUCCAAGUGAAGGAUCGCAUCCCUCCACAUCAGCCGGCCCGUUCUUUGUGGUCAUCAACCGAGGCUCUUUACCAGGUUCCUUCAUCAACUAAGCAAAAGGACCCCGUUGCCCCAACCCUUUCUGAACUUCAGCAGCUUUCUAAGUUGUCCGUUCUUCAGUCGACCAAAGCAUCAAAAUCUAUACUCAAAGAUGCUGAAAAGAUCCUGAGAGCGGUGCGCAAGAACAAGAAACUCCUUGAAGAAAACCUUGAAGCCAUCAUCCGCGCCAAGGAUGGCAAUGCGCUGCAUGCCUUCAUAGAUGAGUUGACAGCAGACAGAGAUGUCCUGGAGGAGAUACGGAUCAGAAAGACUGUAGAUGAAUGGAUUAAGGCAAUCAGCGUGGACAUUGAGGAUGAAAUGGCAAGGAAGGACUGCCUCAAGACACAACAGAUCAUAAAGACGAUGAAGGCCAGCAGGGAAACUAAUGCAAAAUCUCAAUACUCUCGGGGAAUCUCUACUAAAAGGCCUUUGCCGGCAGCAAGGCCCUCUCGAAAGCUAACGGAUGAGGGGCCUGUGAAACCAAGGAUGGGAAUACAAAACGAAGAGUAUCUGACUCAGGUUUAUGGGAGGCCAGUUUACCAGGGUCACAGGACCACACUUAAGAAAUCUCCAUAUCUCAGGUUCAACUCCCCUUCUCCUAAAUCGAAACCUACAAGACCCAAACUGAUCGAAACCGUUAGAGGUACAAAGGUAAAGUCGGCGCGGACACAGACCUACCCUUACGUGCGCAGCAAAGUCGCCAGUCCUAAGAAAGCACAGCCAAGAUCGGCAUCUCAUCAGGAACUCCAGUAUCUCUUCAGCCCCACUAAAGAGAUGCCCAGUGCCUCUGGCCCUCUUGAAGGCCAUCUCAUCCCAAUGGCCAUUCCACUAGGUCAAAAACAGAUCAACAGGAUCUCACCUCAGCCUUCAAGAAUAAGUAUAGGUGAAUUCCGUCCCGUUACUGUGACCACUUCCGUUCCUCCUCCUCCUCCUCCUCCUCCAAAGCCGCAGCCUCGGGUGAAGAAGCCCAACAUUGCAGUAAUAGAGAUGAAAUCGGAGAAAAGGGACCCUCCCAAAUUGACUAUGCAGGUGUUGCCAAACGUAGAUAUUGACAGUAUUUCAAGCAACAGCGCAAGUGUAAGCCAGAUUCCUGUAACACCCCUUCCGACAAAGGCAGAUGUCUCUUUAUAGGCCACUCCAGAAAGCAGUCUGCUCCAGGAUGAAGAACUGAAGCUUCCUGGCACUGACUUUGCCGAUGUUACUGACGUCAGUCAGGGAGAGGAUGAUGAUGAUGGAAUCCCAGAUUUCUCAGAGCCAAUCCUAGAGUUCAACAGGCGAGGAGAAGCGGAGUCUCCCAAAUAUAACGGCCCUCCGUUUCCACCAGCUGCUCCUGCUCCUCGGCUGUCAACAGACAUUCUGGAUGAGAUUAUAGAGAAACGAGAGACCCUGGAGAACAAGCUGGUCGGUUGGGUGGAGCAAGAGGUCAUGGCGCGAAUCAUCAGUGGGAUGUAUCCGGUCCAGAGAGAGGCAGUGGCCAACAUCAGCUCCUCGGAGAGUGAGGACAGCCGAACCGUGUCCUCUGAUAUUGUUGAAGCGGCAGGGACUGAGGGUUUGCAGUUGUUUGUCGAUGCCGGUAUCCCAGUGGAUUCAGAAAUGAUUCGUCGUUUUGUGAACGUGGCGCUUGCUGAGACCGUUGCUGUCAUGCUGGGUGACAGAGAAGAUCAGAAAGCAGCUUGUGCUACAGUCGUUCCUUCAACCAAGACACCGUUGUCAGAAAAGGAAAUAAUAUUAUCUACUCCACUGGCUACACCAGAAGCCACACCACCUCAGUCACCUCUUCCUCUGCAAGAACCGCUUCCAGUAAAAACCCCAGAGUCCUCUCCGUCUGUUACUGAAGUAGAUGGAGACGUUGGUGAACGGCAGCUAACGACAGCAGCAGGAUCUGAGGCAGCAGCUGUUAGCCUGAUUUACACCCCUGUGGCUACCCCUGUGGUGACGCCGCCCAGAGUAGCUACACCCAGCCCUCCUGUAUCAGAGCGUGUCCUGCACAGAGGAGCGAUGGAAGGACAAAUGCCUCCAAACCCCUGGGGAGAUGCAGAGCUUCCUCUGGAGGAGGAAAAACCCAGUCCACAGAGUGAAGACGGGGGCUAUCCCCCACGAGCUGUUAUAAUGUCUGUGGCUAAACACGAAGAACCGGACAUUUUGGUUUUGCCGGCUUCUCCUGUGCCAACGGAGCCCCGUGAACCGCUGCCUCAGGAGCCCAGGGCUCCGUCUCCCUCUGUGCACGCGCCGAGUUCUGGCCCCUCAACAGAGGAGAGCAGUCUCACUGUGACGGAAACCGAGACGGCCGACAGGGCGAUCUCAGAAGGAGAAGUUCUGUACAGUUAUGGACAAUUGCUUGCUGCGCAAGCGUUAGCAGAAGGAGGACUGUCUUUCCCAAACCUCAGCGACAGUUUGGCCAGCACUCUUCAUGACGCCCACGAGAUGGAUUAUGAUCCUCCCAGUGAAGGACAGGUGUUGCGGAGACCCCACAGAGGAUACCACAGGGACCCAAUCCUCUCCCUCUUUUCAAAGCUAAACCAAGCACCGCUUGCUUCGCAGGAAGAAAUCUGUCGGUCCGAGAACACUGACGACAGUGCUGGGGAACUUAGUCAGGGGCAGAGGCCAAGGCUGACGAAAGCUGCGGAAAGCAUCCUCCUGGGACGUUCGGUUUACAUGGACCAGCCUGCCAUCCGAAUCUCUCAGCCACCGGCUCGACGUGCGCCAUCACCCGGGCAGUGUGACAGAGCCGCAGGAGAAGUUCUUGGAGAUGCUGACGUUACUCAUGGGCCAAUGAGCAUCGCUGAACUGGAUCGACCUGUUUCUCCUACAGCAUAUGGGGAUAGCGGGCCGGCACCUCAUUUAGAUGAUGCACCCCAGAAAAAGCACCAAGAGAUACUGCAGGCGGCACCGGUGAGAUCCAGAGUCAUCUGUGUGAAACCCAGAUCUGAAGUCUCCCAACAGCCAGAUUUCCAGAGAGACAUGGAUCGGACUCAGGUUGAGCCUAAUAUGUACCUUAAAUCGUUGCUUUCAGGGGGCGAAACCCCGGGCCAGUUAGGCACCCUGCUUGCAGCAGCAAAAAUGCCUGUGACGGUCCCAUCUGCCGAUAUAGACGACCAGAGCCUCAGUUCUAUCCACGGGAGUCCAGACUCUUCUGGAGCAGAUACAUUUUGAAUUGUGAAUGUGUGGGGAAAGCUG